GUGACGAUAACUGUCUUUAUCGUAUCAAUAGAUUAGAUACAAAAUUUGUUUAAACCGAACAACGCCCACAGUAACACCGAGUCAACCGUAACUUUGAGUAGUGAAGUUAGAGAUUAUCAAGUUUACAAGUUUAUAACUUCUUGUGAAACAUAUUAGAAGAGAGGAACGUUAAAAACUCAAGUUUGCACAUCCAUCUAUUGAAGAAACAUCAUCAUGGAAGGGAAUGCAACUCCCACAGAAAAGAAUUUUCGGAAAAGGCCUGGGACCACGGAUAAAGGCAAAAAGUAUGAAAAUAUGAUAACUGCUAACAUCAUACUUCAUUUGGUAAGCACCGAUAAAAUAAAAAACUUCUACGUUUCGUCAGACGAUGCAAAUUUUGGGGCAUUCGAUGACGUAGUUAUCGAAAUGGAGACAGACGACCGAAUCCAAAUAAAAGCAGUCCAAUUAAAACACAGCAACAAUCCAGGAAAUUUAGGCAUAAAACGACUAGCAGCUCGACGGAAAAGGAUUUUUCUUAGAACCUUAUGAAGCAACAAUUGACAAUGAUUGUUUGAAUAUUUCUCAAGAUGUAAAUUGUUGCUAUAAAUUUCGCAUUCUAGAAGACGAAUAUGCUGGAGACAGUUUUUCGGAACUUCCACAAUUCAAAGCAUUUUUUGAAAGCUUUAGCCUUUAUCCUAACCAACAAAGUCUGGAAACGCUUGAAAAAUCGACAGCGAAUGACUUCGCGGAGACGUUCUGUUCUGAUCACGAAACCUUCGAAAAAUACCUCAAAGUUAUAACUAAGUGGGAUAUGCAAGAAGGAUCAAAAAACAAAUUAGACAAGAAGACGAUGCAACGUGCAAUUGCACUUUGUCUUCUGUCUCCAUACGUCGAAAAUUUUAGUUUUGGUGAAGUCAACGACGAAGGGAAAAUUCUUCGUGAAGCAAUUUGUCUCUUCGAUAUUACGGUGUUGGAAAACACCGAAUGCGAGGUAAUUAAGCAGUUGUGGGCCGAUUUGGACGAAGAUUUUAGCAUCAAGGAAUUAAACAGAAUCAGAUCAUUUUAUCGUCUUUCUCCUAAUUACAUAUCAAGGGUAGAAGAUAUAGAUGGAAGUGUGCUGGCACAACUUUUGUGGGUGUUGAACAAACGUCCACUCAUCGUGAGAGAAUAUCAAAAUAUUGAAAAAGCUAUUCAACUGUGUCCUGAAGCGAAAUUUGUUGUGCUUGGUGAAGGAAUAUGGAGAGAGUGGAUGAAAGAUCGCUCCGUGUUCCAGAACUUGUUCAGUUUGAAAUCAGAAGAAAAAUUGUACGAAACAGUGAUGCAGGUCUUUACUAUAUCCUUACAAGGGAAAACAGCGCUUUCUCUGAGGGAAGCGUUAGGAGAAAAUGAAGAAUUUUUAAGGAACAUAACUGUAAAUAGUCUUUUAGAAAUGAUACAAAGUCCACGGUCGAUAGACGGGAAAAAGGAAGUUCUUCCUAGUCCUUAUAUCCAGAGGUAUUUAUCGUUAAAUGUUAUAGAUAGUAAAUAUUUAGAACGUGUCAAUCUUAAUACCAUCGUUAUUCUAAAUUGCGCAGAUAGUUCUAAUACAAUAAAAAAACCUAAAGAAAUUAAGUUGACAAAUGUCGACGAUUACUUGAAUGAUCCAGAGUGCAGAAGUUCUGAUACUCCAAUUUUCAUUAUCAAUAAAAACUUAUGUAGCGACUCUGAAUUUGAGGAAAUAUGCUCUAAAACAUCAGAAUCAACAACGGUUCAUUAUUUCAAACUUCUUAGUGAUAACAAUUUAGAAUGGAUCCGAAGCAAAGGCGAUGUCGGAGAAUUGCAAAAUCAUAAAUUAGACAGUCAUUCCAAAGACGAAACCGAAUUUUGGUCUUGCACGUUAAAUAAAAGCAUUAACUUAAUAACAGGAGACCCAGGGAUGGGUAAAAGUAUAUUAAUGAAAAGCUUAAAAAAUCAGUGCUCUUCUAAACAUUGGACAAUAAUUAUAAACCCUCAAGACGUUAAUUUAUUCUUUAAACAAUCAGAAGCGUGUGCAACAUCAGAUUAUAUAAACCUGUUUCAGACAUUCAUCUUCGAGAAAAAACAUGUUUCUCUUGGGCGGUUAGAUAAAGAGUUUUUUAAAAUUUGUUCUGAGCAACUGCGCGUUUACUACGUAUGGGACGCUCUUGAUGAAAUUUCUACUAAAAAUUUAGAACUCGUUUCAGAUUUGAUUGUUCGGUUAUCAAAGGAAGGUUUUACACAGUGCGUUACUAGUAGAAAACACUUGAGAUCUUUUCUUGAAAAAAAAUUUAAUACAUUAUCGUUCAGUAUAAAUCAGUUUAAUGAGCAGGAGCAAGAAGAUUACAUUAGAAAACGUCUCAAUCCUGUUGUUUCGGAAGACAACGUAGAGGAAUCUAUUCGAAAAGUAAAAUCUAGUUUCGCUUCGAUAAAGCAUAUAGACAUUUUAGGAAUUCCUCUGCAAAUAUUUAUGCUCACAGAACUAGUUCUUCAAAAUAGUGAAAAAUAUUUAAAGUUAUUUGGCGGUUCUUGGCUUUUGACUGAUUUAUAUCACUACUUUAUUGAAGAAAAGUUCAAGAUUUUCUAUGAAGGUAAGUUGUGUCUUGAUUCUCAGCAUUUUCAUUUGAAACGUAUUUUUGCCAGAGAUAAAGACAUAACUUUAACGCACUACGAAAAACUCGCAGUUAACCUAAUAUUUACGGACGGCGCAGAUAUCCGUUGUAAAGAAGAUAUAGAUAGUACUUCACACGAUUACGCAUCUAUCGGUAUUAUAACUGGUUUACAAAAUAACACGCCGCUUUUUCUACACGCAUCUUUUGCGGAAUAUUUGGCCGCCGCGCAUUUCUCGAAGAAUUUUGAGGUUAUACCUGGUUAUAAACUUUUUUAUCAAAAAUAUAAUAACGUACGAUUUUUCUUUGAUAUGUUGUUGGCAAAAAACUCACCGGCUCACAUCGCAGUCUUGUACAGGAACUUUGAUGCUCUAAAGAGUUAUGACGACAAAAUAUUGAAAAGUAAAGAUGACGCUGGAAGAAAUGCUUUACAUUUGAUUUGUUCGUGGGGAAAAAGACAUUCGCGCCUAAAAGUAAAAAGUUCUAGAAUAAAUAGUAAUUUUUCUUUCUUCUUCUCCAAAAGAACACUUAAUGUAAGAUACAUACUUGAAGACUAUCUAUUUCUGGGAGGGCAACUGGACACAAGAGAAUAUCAAGAUGGGGUGUUACACUUGUUGAAUGAAUGUGGGACUGAAGAACCGGAUGUGGUUUUUAAAAUGACCCCGUUGUUAUAUGCUCGAAUUAGCGAAAGUUUAGGAGCGGAACUAGAAUUGUUACAAUCUCAGCAAUGUCACAACGGAAUGAGUUGUACAAUGUACAAUCAUUGGGAUAGAAUUAAUAUUUUAUUUUACUCUAGUGUGUUUGGUUACAACCACGCAAUUAAAACUGUUUUUAAUACAACGUUAAGUACUUCUUAUGACGAAAUAAAUUUUAGCUGCGAACAGUCUGGAUUCACCGCUCUUGUAAUAGCGUCCUUUAACGGACACAAAUCAGUCGUUGAAAGUUUGUUGCAACACAGGACCGAAAGCAAUCGUGCUAAUAUAUAUGGUAGGACACAGUUUUAUCUAGCUUCCGUGAAUGGCCACCAAAGAAUUGUCGAAUGUUUAGUUAGAUCCGGUGUCGACAUCAAUCUUUCUUGUGUACGUGGUCUGACACCGCUUUACGUAGCUUCCGAAAAAGGCCACGAAAAAAUUGUGGAAUGCUUAGUGAAAUGGGGUGCCGAAGUUAAUUGCACUAUUGAAAAAGGUAUGACACCGCUUCACGUAGCUUCUAUCAACGACCACGAGAAAACUGUCGAAUGCCUGGUGAAUAUGGGUGCCAAAAUCAAUUGCGUUAAUCAAUAUGGUCGGACACCGCUUAUGGAAGCUGCCUCCUACGGCCAGGAAAACACUGUCCAAUGCUUACUGAAAUAUGGAGCCGACAUUAAUUACGUUGAUUAUGCAGGUUGGACAGCACUUGACUUAGCUUUCAGUGUUUUCACAAACAGCCAUAAAAGAAUUGUGGAAUUUUUAGUGGAAUGCGGAUUCAAAAUCAAUCGUUGAACACAAAGCCCAGUUAAAUUUUAUUAAAUUUUUUUUAUUAUUUAUUAAAACCCACCACUGACCCGGAAAUGACCGGCAUUCAGGCAAGACUUCUAUCAUUACGGGUGUUAAGACCAAGUAAUGAUAUGCAUUGAUUAGAUUAACAAAACAACUUUCGAGAUUCUAGAAUUAGAGCAUCCAAAAUAAUUAGUCUGAUAUUAUUCUCUAAUCUUACCCCAUCCCCAAAAGUCUAGCGUAACUACCAAUCAUUUAUCCGCGCAUCACUUGGAAAGUGACCUACACUACUCUGACCUACUGGUGCUAAUCUAAUCUGACUGACAUGAUCAGACUGUUCGAGAAACUUACGAACAAUAUGACAUGUUCCUAACAAAACAGUUUUUUGAAUUUUGACAAUUAUUGAAUCAUUCAAAUGCAAAGACUUUAAAUUCUCAACUAAGCUAUUUGGGACUACACCUACAUUGGAGAUAACUAGGGGUAGAAUUGAAAUUUUUAAUUGUUAUUGUUAUCCAUUACUUACAUCCUUACAUUAUUAGCGUUCGAAACUUCAGUGUACCUACUUAAUUUCGUUAGAAAAAUUUUUUCAGUUGGUAGAUAUAAACUUUUCGUAAAAUUAGAACUAUCUGCCGUAAUCAAAGUUGACUAUUAUGUUUCACAAAUUGAAACAUAACGCUUACAAACAACGGAGAUAUAAAGAAACCAGUGAUAUUUUGAAAAUUUUUCAUGUCUUUAAUUACCAAUGAAAUUACCAAAAUUUUAUACAGUAAUUUCAAGAGUAACUUCACACUUUAUCAAAGACAAGAAAAAUAUUAUCAUAUAUUUAGUUCACUAUUAUUUGAAUAUUCUUUAAUUGUCGGGUAUUUAACUGGUUAUACCAGGUAUAUAAUUGUAGUGUUUGGUUAAUUAUUUAGUUAUUUAUUUUAUUCUUAUUUUUACUAUUUUAUGUUUCGUCAUUGUUCAGUCAUUAUUAUUUAUGUAUCUGUUUAAUAGGGCCAGUUAAUGUAAAAUUAAUUUCUGUUUCCGUUGCUCCGUUGAUGACUAG